AUGGAGCCACAUAUUGAUUUCUAUGAUAUAAUGAACAAGUUGGAACGCAGAUUUGGUUUCAAAGAACUACCAGAAACCAGCCAAGCUAUACUACGUUCAGCAAAACAGUGGCCUGAUAAGUCCUUGGCUGACUGGGCGGACCGGGUGCCGUCCAUUAGCACAAAGGCAUACAAAGAUCUGCCAGAUGAGUAUAUGUAUCAACAAGCCAUAUUGACCAUCUGUCAGGGAGCACUGGACAAAGAGGCUGGCCAACAUACCGCGAUGGAGGAGGCACAAUCGAUACAAGAGGUGGCAGGCAGCAUCAAGAAAGAAAGCUUAGAGAAAAAAGUGAACAGCCUCGAAAGCAAAAUUAAUGAUAUGGAGAAAACUAUGAGGAAAUUCAUGAGCAACCUUUAUUACCAGAGGAGGCAAGAUCCUAUAACACAACCUUCACAGAAGGCUGUUGCAAACGCUUGUUUCCACUGCGGGGAAGAAGGGCAUUUUAAGGUCAAUUGUCCUCAGCUGGGGGGAGAUACAAGAGCCCAUGUUGUAAAAAAUGAAGAGAAGGUACGAGAUGAUAAUACAGGUCAUUCUUUAAACUUGGAUAGGUCGAAGGAGGAGGCCUGA